UCUAAGCGCACUCUAGCUUCCGGUGUCAUGGCGGCCUGAGGUCCCGGGAGUCGGUUCGAGCGCUGCAGGCCCCUCCCUGCGGAGCGGCGGGUCCGGGCGGGGAUGUGACGGCAGGCGCCGCGAGCCUGCCUGGCGCGUCGUGUCGGCUCGCGUGUCCUCGCCCCAGCCCGCACCAUGGCGGGGUCCGGCUGCGCGUGGGGCGCCGAGCCGCCGCGCUUCCUGGAGGCCUUCGGGCGGCUGUGGCAGGUACAGAGCCGCCUGGGCAGCGGCUCCUCGGCCUCGGUGUACCGGGUGCGCUGCUGCGGCACCCCGGGCUCGCCUCCCGGGGCCCUCAAGCAGUUCCUGCCUCCGGGAACCACCGGGGCUGCGGCCUCGGCCGCGGAGUAUGGUUUCCGCAAAGAGAGGGCGGCGCUGGAGCAGUUGCAGGGUCACAGGAACAUCGUGACUUUAUAUGGAGUCUUUACCAUACAUUUCUCGCCAAAUGUGCCAUCACGCUGUCUGCUGCUUGAACUCCUGGAUGUCAGUGUUUCGGAAUUGCUCUUAUAUUCCAGUCACCAGGGUUGCUCCAUGUGGAUGAUACAGCACUGUGCCAGAGAUGUCCUGGAGGCCCUUGCUUUUCUUCACCAUGAGGGCUAUGUCCAUGCAGACCUCAAACCACGAAACAUCCUGUGGAGUGCAGAGAAUGAGUGCUUUAAGCUUAUUGACUUUGGACUCAGCUUCAAAGAAGGCAAUCAGGACGUGAAGUAUAUUCAGACAGACGGGUAUCGAGCUCCUGAAGCAGAACUGCAAAAUUGCUUGGCCCAGGCCGGCCUGCAGAGUGAUACAGAGUGUACCUCAGCUGUUGAUCUGUGGAGCCUUGGAAUAAUUUUACUGGAAAUGUUCUCAGGAAUGAAACUGAAACAUACAGUCAGAUCUCAGGAAUGGAAGGCAAACAGUUCUGCUAUUAUUGAUCAUAUAUUUGCCAGUAAAGCAGUGGUGAAUGCCGCAAUUCCAGCCUAUCACCUCAGAGACCUUAUCAAAAGCAUGCUUCAUGAUGACCCAAGCAGAAGGAUCCCUGCUGAGAUGGCACUGUGCAGUCCAUUCUUUAGCAUUCCUUUUGCCCCUCAUAUUGAAGAUCUGGUGAUGCUUCCGACUCCAGUGCUCAGACUCCUCAAUGUGCUGGAUGAUGAUUAUCUUGAAAAUGAAGAUGAAUAUGAAGAUGUUGUAGAAGAUGUAAAAGAGGAGUGUCAGAAAUAUGGACCAGUGGUUUCUCUGCUUGUUCCAAAGGAAAAUCCUGGCAGAGGACAAGUCUUUGUUGAGUAUGCAAACGCUGGCGAUUCCAAAGCUGCUCAGAAGCUGCUGACUGGGAGGAUGUUUGACGGGAAGUUUGUUGUGGCUACAUUCUACCCGCUGAGUGCCUACAAGAGGGGAUAUCUUUAUCAAACCUUGCUUUAAUCAGUAACCUAAGGACUAGUUCCUGUUUCUCCUCUUCCAUUUCCUGGAUUAUUAUAUUCCACAGCUGAAUGCAGGAGCACCCCUUUACCCAUUUUAAAGGGUACCUUGUACAUUUAUUUAAUCCUACUAAUGUGCAGCCAUUGCCCAAACAGUGACUGCAUUGCAAACAUGGCACUGAGUAGGACACGACCUCUCAGCUAUAUAUUGAGGGGGUUAGAGCACCCAUGUGGGCACCCUUUAUUUGUGCAGUAGGGCAGGUGCUGCUCUUUACUAUGUAACCUAAAAGAUAUCAUUUCAUGUGAUGAUAAAGCAAAGAUGAGUCAUUUGUCAUAGUGAAUAUUAUUAACAGAUUUGUUAGGGUUGGUGACAUCACAGAAUAUUUGUUUGUGUUGUCAGGUGUAUCUCCUUGUUAUUCUAGCUGGCACUGGAUGUUUUAAUAAUGUUAAGUCGUUGUCAAGCAGCAGUUACCUACCGUGUUCUUAACAAUGAGUUGUGAAUUUUUCUAAAGGAGUACUGUAGGACUUAAUAUUCCUCCGAAGAAACUGCAGUGAGCCUAUCAAUGUUUUUAAAAUUACUAUUAAGGCUUUUAAAAUAGAAAGCUGAUGCUUGAUCUUGCACAAUUUUUAUGUCUAGUGUGUAUGCUUGAGUGGGUGUGCAGGUGUGAAAGACUAGAGAAAUCUGAGUCAGUGUACUUUACAGUGUGAGUCUUGUGAGCUAACACAGUCUAUAACCAUUUCUUCCUACCAGUUUCACACUUGAGAGACUUGGGCUAUUGGGUUCUUGAAAGUUGGUCUGACAGAUAGAAUGUAAAUGACAAGAGAGUUCAUUACUGUCAAGUGCAGAACAGAGUGUAGUCUAGACCAGGGUUCCACGUAGCUCUUCAGAGUGUAAGUUACCCCAUUCUCUGCUCUACUUUAGACCCAAGAUUGCCUCAUCUCUUUUGUCCUGAACCUCUUGUGAUAAUUGUAAAGUUUUCCCAGAUGUGAUCCUUUCUGCUAUAAUGGGAAAUUGAAGUGGAUCAGAAAAAAGUUAGAUGUACAGUGACGGAAAAAGAGAAAAGUGCAGAGAAGGCAACUGAUCACAGACCCUCCUCCUCCACCUGCCCUGCUGCCCUGUCACCUUCCUCUUCUUUCCCCAUUGCCUCUGUCUGCAGCCGGAGGGCGGUGUCCUGAGUCAUCCAUCGGCUUUUGACUGUGAGGGAAAAGAAAGGUCGGUGUAUUAUAAGGGUGAAGUAGAAAGGAAGAAAACUCAGUUUCUGUAAGAACAAUAGCAAUCUAGUGUGUCCUUGAUAGAGGAUGCCUGUUGUCAUGAGUUGGUGGCCACAGACCGACUGUGGCAUCAGGAGUGUGAGUGUGGAGUCUUCCAGCUCUGUAGUACACUGCCUUGAAAGGUGUAAGCUUAGGAAACUUUUGUAAAGCACUGAUUAUACAAGAUAACCCACAAACUGUAUACUUGUUAUGGAGUUCUUCCUAUUUCCUUACCUGAAAGAAAGUGUUAUUUAUUUAUUUUUCCUUAGGAAAGAGUGCUGCUUUCCCUGCGGGCAGCCUGCUUCUAUAGUCUCUUGUCCAUGCUGUUCAAGUUCCUGAAAAGGCCAUUAAAACUUGCAUUUUAGAGGAUGAAUUAUUUUACACCUGUUCAGACAUGAACUGUCCAACAUUUGUUAGUAUAGUCAAAUUAUUCAGAGCUCUCUCUUUUGAGGUUAAAUUUGGUAUAAGGGGAUUUAAUGUUGAUUUACCUCUGCUCUUAUGUCGUGGUCCCUGAUGUGUGUCUUAGGAAGAAGGCUUUUUCAGGGGUUCAUUGGGUGGUUGGUUUUCAAGUCAAACUUGAAGAACAUAGAAUCAGGUCUGUGAAGUCCCAACUAAGCUUUCCUAAAACAUAAAUAUUUACAUGAAGAGCUGCUUCUGUGGUCAUUAGUAGCAGGUUUCUACAUUUCUACUGAUGAACACAAGAUACAAGUGAACUCUUUUGAAGGGCAAGUAUGGUUAGCACAUGUUCCCAUAUCUCGUAAAAAAGAGAUGCUUGCAAAUAAGCUGCAGGUAGGCUCCAAGCUUACGGUGCAGUGUGCUGCUAACAUGGCUGUACUCACAGCAUUCUGUGAACCUCAUCAUUGCAGAUGUAGUUAUGCAUAUGUGUAGGGUUUGACAUGGUAGAUUUGUUACAGACAAUGCUAGCUAGAUUUUAAGGGAGCUGAGGAAGUAAAUGAGUGAGGCUAAGUAAUUACAUUGAAUUCAUUGAAUUAAAUAGUUUAUACUGAAGCCACAGACUUGAAAACAAAAGAUAACCUACUAUGAUUUAAACCAUUGUGUGAUAGCUCUUAGCCCAUUUUACCAAAGAGGACAGCUGCAGACUCCUCCUCUGAUACUAUCAGGACUUUCACUUUAAUAUCUUCCUCAAACUGGGACCAAAUAAAGACUACAAAAGAUACAGUUUUCACAAUAAGUAUAUGCACAGGAAUUUUAAUUCUUUGAAAUUAUAAAGACCUAGAAUUCUCUUAUUAAAGGGUAAUGUAAGGAGGUGAGAGUUCAUGUUACUUAGUCCCUGUCUUUGGGGCAGAUUUUCUCUCAGGUAGUUUCUCCCUAUAUUAAGAUUUGUGCCUCCUCCUCCCCCUUGCCUUCUUGGUUCUUCUUUAUUCUUCCAUGGUACUGUUAUACGGUGGCACAUUUUGUCCCUGAUAAGGCCCAAAAAGCAAUUGCCCACAUGGAAAUUUUGGGUUCUUUAAAAGUAUUUGGAGGAGGUGACUUGUAGCCAUUAUUAAAACUAUAAUUCUGUAGUUGGAAGAGAAUAAUAGAGUUGGACACCCCAGUAAGGUAUUGCCUUCAUUUCACCAUAAGUCUGCAUUUAUUAGGACUGGAUACUCUUCUUCCUUUGUGACCAUUGGCACAGUGUCUCUCUUUGGGAACUCUUCCUUUCUGCUAUCCCUUGAGCUAAAUUUAUGGCUGCUUUUAGAAUCAAAUGGCAUAGUGUUAUUCAUCUGCCUCUGUUUUAAUUUAGAGAAGUGUGGUCUUCUCAUCGUUAUGUAGCUGCUGAAGAGUGCUGAGAUGUGUUAACCUGCCAACAGCUGUGCUGCCACCCAGAGACAAGUGCGGAGUAUUAGGGCAUAAGGCUUCCUUCUGUCUUAGUACUCUAAACUUUCCCUCAGGUAAGGCAUCAGUUACAGGAUAACUUAGACGCAGGCUUAGGAUCAUGCUGUUUCAUGGCUCUUUUCAAUGUAUUGAACAGAGGCAGGUGACUGACAACUUGGCAUCAUUCUUGGUAAUUCUCCCUCCAGUUUAUUAGGCAAUUUUAUUUUCAACAGUCGCUGAAAAUGAACAUCAUCAUGCCUUCCUGGUGGAAAGUAGCAGCGCAGUGGGUGGGGACACACUGGUAACCAUGCACUUUACCUAGACUCUCACCCCAGGGUACGGGCUGGGCUGUUUAUUCAGGUUAGGGUACGGAUCAUGACUUCCAUUGUUGGAUGUGUAGCUAGCUAAAGUUUUGGGCAAGUGCCUUGCCUUUCCUGGCAAAUAUUAAACCUCACCUGGCUGAAAGCUGCAGGGGCUAACUGCACUGUCGCCUUUUUCUUGGAGUAACUUGGAUUGAUUCAUGUGAGUCCAGAAUUUUCUUGGCUUACUUUAAAAAAAAAAAUGUAUAAAAUGAUUCUAGUUUGACUUAUUUCAGAAUUGCAUGUUGGUGGAAAGGCCAGUUACCUGUUACAUCUAACUCUGGGAUCUAGUUUCCUUUACCAGGUUCCUUCCUCAACGCUUACUGAUCCAGCUCUCUAUUUCUUGUAAGUUGUGGUCACUUGGUUUCUUGUAAGUCCUUGGUCACCUGUAGCUCAGCAGAAUCCCAACUUCUUUAGGUGCUCAGCAAGUCAGCUUUCCUCGCCUAAGGUUUGGCUCUCUUUUCACUUGGCAUCACCUGUCUCCUCAAGUACACACUGCUCCUGUUGAAUCCGUCAUGUGGAGCUCAUCUGAUAUGCUUAGAUUUUAGAUUUUUGGGGGGUUGGGUGUUCGAGACAGGGGUCCUCUGUAUAGCCUUGUCUGUCCUGGAACUAGAUUUUAGAUUCUUAAUCAUCGAGAAACUUGGAUAUUUUAGUUUUUAGAGUACCCCCCUUUUUUUAAAAAAAAAAAAAAAAUGAAUUUUGAUCCUUUCUCUAACUUAUACCAUAGGAUGGAUCAUGAUUUUUAUCCUUGCCCCCUCCCCCAGAUGGUGUUCACCAAUGAUUAAUGCUUCCUAUUAUGACAAGGAGUUGUCAGGUACUAGGUAUUUAAGAAGGUAAACAAUUUAGAGUAUUUUUACUAUGUCUUUAUAGGAGAAGUGAGCUGUCAGCAGGAGUAUGUACAAGCCAGGGAACAUUUAGGAUAGAAGGGUUUUGGAGACAGGGUUUUGCAUUGUAGCCUAGACAGGCCCCCAGCUCAGGAUCUUCCUGUCUCGGCCUCCCAAGUGCUGUUGUCACAGAUGUGCACCAUCUUGCCUGACUCUGUUAGGAAGCUGUUUUGUAGAUGGUCAUUUAGGUGAUUUUUCAGAAUGUAAGACUAACACAAAAGUUAACAGAUUUUGUUGUCCUGAUAAAAACUAUUCAUUUUUUAUAACUCAGCACUCUCUCUGAUUCUUGUGCUGCUUAUGAGAAUGAUUGUUUUAAAUUUGCUGUAUUUGUGCCUUUCAGAGGGCCAUAACCAUGGUAGUUGUAUUUGCUGGCACCAUUCUAAUGUUGGAGUUCAUGGGAACCUCACUAAAGGAUUGCCGGAGUAGUAGACUGGGUAGCAGUCAUAGUGCAAAGAAGACUUGGUGGCUCUUUUGAAGGCUGUGUGAGGUUUGUUUUCCUGGUUUAUUGAGACAGGGUUUCUCUGUGUAGCCCUGGCUGUCCUGGAACUGCCUCUUCCUCCCAAGUGCUGGGAUUAAAGGCGUGCGCCACCACUGUCGGCCUGUGUGUGUUUUGUGAACUGAGUUCCUUGUGUUUUAGUGGAAAGGCAGACACGCUUUUACUUGCCUUAUGAGGUCAUUCAUCUCUCUUGUACAAAAGACAGCAGAUUCUGUUCUAUUUCUCUGUUAAAGCAAAGCAAGUUACAUUCUUGGGAGAAGACUGGAAUUGUUGUUUGUUUGUUUGUUUCUUACUGAGAACCUUGUGUAAGCAGCUACUGCCACUUUCAGCUACUGAUGAUGAGUGAGUGGGUUUCUAGCCAUUCUGGAAGAUCCUUGGGCGAAUCACUUCCCUUCUCUCUGUCAGCUCCUCUUACUGUUCAUGCUAUCAAGACAGCAUGCAGAAACAAUGUACAAUUGUUGACUCAGACACUCUUCAGUGACUUGAAUUCUUUCAGCCGUGUUACUCUUUUAGGUGGGUCAUCAGAAGGCUGUCAGAGAUAAGAACAAGGAAGACAAAGAUUGAUGUGAGCAGAGAAGAGGGAAAAUGGCUCCUUACUGGUGUCAGUAAUCUUCCACAUAGAGGUCAUGGUCUAAGAAUCUAGACUUUUUACCUGUAGUUUAAAAACAUUGCCUUUCCUACACAUUCCUCAUCCUCAUUUCUCCAAAAGGUUGUUUUGAGGGUUUAUGAGACCAGAUUGAAUAUCUGUCUUCAGUUUCUCCUGAUAUUUUCACAAGUAUUUGAUUUCCAGCCCUUGUGUAUUUGAUGUUCACUACUGUUCUUGAGAAUCAAGACUCGGAGAGAAACAGGGGUGAGCCACCUCUGUCCUCCUAUUGCACAUGUGGUGGCGGCAUCCACGUGUACUAAUGCAGUUACAGCACCUUGUGAAAAAGAGGGUGAGCAGUAUCUAUCCGAGAAAACUUGAGUCUGCACUGCUGUGAACCAGCAGAGCAUAACGCUGUUACCUUUCCCAGCACGAUUUACUCUUCAUUCUUAACUAUUUGAAAAAUCUUAAAAUACUUUAACAUUCCUGAAGUAGUGUCAGAUCUAGAUCUAGAACUGAUCAGAUAGGUAGAAGGGUAGAAGGCUUUUUUCCCCAUCCUAAAAAGGGCUCCAUCUUUUUGAUCUUUCUGUCACUCUUAGAAGUUUAUGAUCAUUACAUUUUAAUAGUUUCUGGUCUCUAGACAAUGUCAGCACUGGAGUGGUUGGUUGUGAAUAUCAAAAUCUACUACUAUUUUUCUUUGGAGACAUGGAAUUCCCGUUUUGGGCAUAGAAGGUCUGGUUUAAGCAACAUGUGAAAGAUCACCUAAACCAAAGCCCGUUGUAAGGGGCAUGGACUCCUGUUGGUUCACGUUCACCGUGAAGGACAGGAACAUUUCAGUGCACAGUGAGUGUUGUCUGUAACGUCUCUACCUGGGGUUUUAGUAGUGUGUUGCUCUUUGCAUUUCCUGAUUUCCUGAUGCUAUGGUUCUGGUUUGUGUGUGUUUUACUGCUUGUGUGUGAUUGAUUAUUAUUGUUUUUUUUUAUGUUGUUUGUUUGUUUGUUUGAACUAAGUGGGACUAUAAAUGUAGAUAGAUGUUUUAGUACCAAGAUAUUCUUUUUUCAAAUCCCUAAAUUUCUGAUUUCAUUAUCAGUCUUUGAGAUGUCUAUUUUCUUGUUGAAUAGCAGAGGACUUUAUUUCCACCUCCCUAUGAAGUGUGAGCACUGUUUCAGCGAGCUGCAUUUCGUACUUCUGCUGAAAACUUCUCUGUAAACACAAUUGCCUUGUUGAGUUUUGUUGUAAACUGACUCGCCAUGCGAUGCACUGUUGAUAGCUUCCUGAUGUGUGGUGGAUAAGAGUGAUCAAAUAAAACUUACAAAGAAAAGAA